AUAAUGUUUUACUUUUAGAUGUUAUUUGGUGUUUUCGACUCAUUUAUCAAUUAAAUCAUUUGUGCUAUUAAAAAUUCGAAGUAAAAAAGCUGCGAUGGACGAUGUGCGGACCUUGCGGUACGACAUCCAGUGGGAUGUUUUCGAGGGGAUGCUAAUCGUUGACAUAAACUCAAAGUACUACGACAUGGUGAUUGAGUUUAUGUGGUCGCAAUCAUUUUUAAAAAGCCUGGUCUACGAGAGUCUCGGUCUGUUCGAUCUGCCGGACAUGAAGGAGACAUAUUCUAGGUAUGUGCGCCACAUCCUGCGAAACGAGUGUUCGGUGAUGAUGAUUAGCGAGGACGAAACCCAGAUAAAGGCAGUGGGCCUGCUCGAAUGGAUGACCGAGGAAUGGCACUCCUGGGUGUUCUUCCCCUCGUCGAUGCCCAGGAACCUGUUCCAGCAGAUCAUAAUAAUGAAGAAGGAGCUCAUCGAUGCGACCAAGGCGAACCUGGGCAUCUCCACCUACGACUCGCUGGUCGUGCACGAGAUUGCCUUUCCGGACGAGCUGUACUUCAACAGGGACUUCCUGAUGACCAUCUUCGAUGUGUUCGGCUACGUGGCCCAGCACAUGCACAUGCCCCGCGUGAGUUUCAUCGCCCUCAGCUCCGUGGACCAGGAGGCCGCCAGCCUGAUCGAGUACGACGAGAUCGGACGGACCAUCUACUCCAUCUACAAGGUGGGCAACACCCGGCCCUUCGACAUCCUGCGCGAGCUGGACGAGAUGUACGCGCUGCUCUUCGAGCUGCCCGUCAGCCCGCUGCUGAAGUACGGCGACAUGUCCGGCUUCGAGGAGUUCCACGAGGCCCUGGAGGCAAAGUUGGCCAAGGAGGAGGCCGAAAGGCGGCACGACGACGACUUGUGAGAUGUCUCUGUGCCACUCUUCACCACAUGUCUGCCUACUUUUGGGCUUCGCCCUCGUAGUUCCCCCAGCCUCCCUUAAAAGAGGGCGAUGUUUAAAGGGGUGUUCAAAAUGCACGUUUCCGAGCAGGCGGUGAUAAGCCUAUCAGUACGAUCCCCAUGCCAGUGCGAUAAAGAUUGUGAUUACACUUUUCAAUGUGCUAAGACAAUAAAAAUGUAUAGAUCUUACCGAAGAUUGCCUUGGAUGUAAGCUCAAACGGAACCGGAUAUGGAGGAGGAUUUGAGAAGUUAGCCCCAUUCGUUUUCAGACUCUCGGACAUCUCGUUUCGGCCCGCACCUAAAUUUCCAAAAUUCAAAAUUUUCAUUCGCAAGUGACGUUGCCAAAAAAUAUACGCUCGAAGGACCAAGCAUGUGUGACGGAUGUGGAUCGUUGGAGGUAAGUGGAGCCUCCUCCGGCCCUCCAGACCACCUGACCCGCUAACCCAAGCUCCAUGCCCAUCACACCACUACGCCAACAAGCAGGAUCACUGGCACAGGUGGUUUUCAUGUGGAUCUUGCCGGACCAUACUGUCGAGUGGCGCACUUUUGGCUGGUACUAAAUUGAAGGCGGCUUAAAUCAAGAUGGUGCUAGCUGCCGGACCUUCGAAAGGUCGAGAACUUGUUGGAAAACCUUGUAAAAAACCGUCUGUCUGUCUUGAUUUAAGCACCAAACUUUUGUAGUUAUUUUGGACUCUAAUUUUGCCAUUAAAUUAUAUAAAAUUGAUGAAAA